UUCAACCACCGGAUGUGCAUGUACAGGAAACAGUGCCAUUAUCGUUCAAUGUUCGUUUGAGGAACAGCAAAGUUGAACGUGGGGAUUAUUGUUUUACUCGCUGGAGUAAACCGCACAGCCAAAUUAUUUCAAUCUACACCGUUCGUCGUCCUAUUUACGCUGCUGUAACCUUCUCGGGGAAUAAUGGGAUCGUCUAAGAAACACAAGGAAAAGAGCCGUGACAAGGACGCGGAAGAGCGCCGUCGAGAACACAAGAAACAUCGCCACAAGGACCGAGACAGAGAUGCUUCAGACCGAGAUGGGACUCGGGAUAAAGAGAAACGAAAACGCUCCAGAUCCAGGGAAAGAAGCGGACGAGAUGGCCGCAGCAAAGGUGAGAGGAGCGGGGAGCCGAGAGUCAAGAAGGAGAAGGUUGAUCUUGGUUAUGAAGACAGCAAUGCAGAAAUUGGGCCCCAGUCUGCUAGCGGAGACGCAUCUCUCAGCAUCGAGGAGACAAACAAACUCAGAGCCAAGCUGGGUCUGAAGCCUCUGGAAAUGAAUGACAAUAAGAAAGAGCUGGGGACCAAAGAAGAGCCUUUAGUGGCUGAGACCAUCAACCCUGUUCUCAUCCAGCAGCAGAAAGAGAUGAGAGAAAAGCUUGCUGCUAUGAAAGAAAAGCGCAUCCUGAAUCAGAAAUUGGGAAAAGUCAAGACCCUAGCAGAGGAUGACUGGCUCGAUGACACUGCUGCAUGGGUUGAGAAAAGCAGGAAGAUGGAAAAGGAGAAAGAAAUGGCUGAGAAAAGAGCCAAACUGCUUGAAGAAAUGGACGAGGAGUUUGGUGUCAGCAAUCUGGUGGAGGAGGAUUUUGCACAAAGCAGACAGGAGGCCUACACAGCAGGAGAUCUUAGGGGACUCAAAGUGCAGCACAAGGUGGAAUCCUUCACUGAGGGCCAGACUGUCAUCCUGACUCUGCAGGACAAAGGUGUUCUUGAAGAGGAAGAAGAUGUGCUUGUAAAUGUGGGAAUGGUGGAUAAGGAAAAAGCAGAAAAGAAUGUGGAGUUGAAAAAAAAGAAACCUGACUACAAGCCCUAUGAAGAAGAAGAGAGUGUGGAUGAUAUGGUGACGUUUAAGUCUCGCUCUGUUCUUUCAAAGUAUGAUGAAGAAAUCGACGGUGAGAAGAAAAAGAGUUUCCGGUUGAGUGCUGGUGGUUUUGCUGAUGGAGAGCGAGAGCGAGAACUUCAAGCCAUGAGAGAGACUCUAAGAAAUCAGGCCCAGUCUUUGGAAAUGCCAGCUCUCACUAUUGCUUCAGAGUAUUACACUCCUCAAGAAAUGGUGGGUUUUAAAAAGACCAAACGCAGAGUGAAGAAAAUCAGGAAGAAGGAGAAGACAGUUGCAGAUGAACUUGCCCUUGAUGACACCCGCAGCUCUGAUUUUGGCUCCCGGACACGGGGUCGAGGCCGCAGACCGGUGGAUGAAGAUGGAGAAGAAGUAAAAGAGGAAGAGAGUACACUGUCACAUUGUAUACCCCUGUUGUCUGAUGACAUCAGGACAGCAGAAAUGGACAUAAGUGAUGAUGAAGACUUCAUACCACCUGAGCCAGCUGCUAUUGAGGAGGAUGAGGCAGAGCAAGAGCUGCAGAAACAGCUGGAGAAGCAGAGAAAACUGAAGCAAAAGCAACUUCUCAAAGACUCUGGGGAAAAGGUGGCAGAGCAGAUUAAAGCACUUGCCAGAGGCGAAAAUGAAAAUGAUCCAGAAAAGAGAAACAACAUUGUUUUCAAUGCCACCUCUGAGUUUUGCAGAGCUCUGGGUGACAUUCCAACUUAUGGACUGUCUGGUAACAGAGAGGACCAAGAGGACAUAAUGGACUUUGAACAGGAAGAAGAGAAAGAUGAUGCUGGAGGUUCUGACUCGGAAAUGGAUGAAAAUGUUGGCUGGAGCACAGUUAACUUGGACGAGGAGCAGAAACAACCAGAUUUCUCCACAGCCUCUGCCACCAUUUUGGAUGAAGAGCCCAUCGUAAACUCUGGCCUUGCUGCUGCCUUGCUGCUUUGCAAAAACAAAGGUCUGCUGGACACUCAAAUGCAGAAGGUAGCCCGUGUCAGAGCACCAAAAGGUGCAUUGCCCAAUGACAACUACUGCAUUGAGGACAAGAUGGGCUUUGAUGACAAGUACAGCCGCAGGGAAGAAUACAGAGGCUUCACUCAAGACUUCAAAGAGAAGGACGGAUAUAAGCCUGAUGUCAAGAUCGAGUAUGUUGAUGAUUCUGGGAGGAAACUCACUCCUAAAGAGGCUUUCAGGCAGCUGUCACAUCGAUUCCAUGGUAAAGGAUCUGGAAAGAUGAAGACAGAGAGGAGGAUGAAAAAGCUGGAAGAAGAGGCUCUGCUGAAGAAGAUGAGCAGCAGUGAUACUCCUCUGGGGACUGUGGCAUUGCUUCAAGAGAAGCAGAAAUCUCAGAAAACACCUUAUAUUGUUCUUAGUGGGAGUGGGAAAAGUAUGAAUGCAAACACUAUCACCAAAUAAGUUUGGAGAAGAGUGGAUCAUUUGUUAUUAUGUUUAAUUCACACACACACACACACACACACACACACACACACACACACACAUUUUAAGUAACUCCCUUAAUUUCACCCCUAAUUUGUACAAGCUUCAUUGUUGUAGUAGGGAUUUCUCCAAUAAAGACUGUCAG